AUCUAAUGCCGUUCUUAUCUGUUAAUACUGUUGGGCCCCAUUGCUUACGCACUACCACUACUAGAAUCCGGUUCUCUCUCUCUCUCUCUCUCUCUCUUAACAUUUCUUGAUCAUAUUCAAUUAUUCACAGGAAGAGAGAGAAAACUUGAUCAGCAAAUAAAUGGCAGAGCCGAAGCUUUUCGAACUCAACAAUGGCACCAUCCAACUCAAACUCUCCAAUUUCGGAUGCACCAUCACUUCCUUACUUAUACCAGACAAACAUGGAAAAUUGGCGGAUGUGGUUCUUGGAUUCGACACACUCGACCCAUAUCUGAAAGGCGAUGCUCCAUAUUUUGGGUGCGUAGUGGGUCGGGUCGCGAACCGGGUCAAAGAUGGGAAGUUUUCACUCGAUGGAGUUCACUACUCUUUGCCUAUCAACAACCCACCUAAUAGUCUCCAUGAGUUGGCCACUCGAGCACAUGAUAUGGAGUUGAGCAUACUUGCAAAUCAAAUUGAAGAACCACCAUUCCAAAAGCCGUACCAGCUCAAUGAAGAACAUAUUGAAGAAGAACAAGAAGAUCAUGAGGAUGGGGGUAAGUCUUUUGAAGAAACAACAUCCUAUGCAAUGUGA